GGGAAUUUAUUUGUCCACGGGCGCGGCGGCCUGCAGUCCGUUGCCUUCCAGAGGCCAAGAUCUGCUCUGACCACCCAAGGACACUCUCUCCCAACCCAAGUGCCUCCAACUGACCUCUGACGCCUGACCUCUGGCUCUACCUGCCCUGCCUUGCUCUUCCUAAAGGGCUGGGAAGCCCCCCAGAAGUGCCGCUGUAGACUUGGGUGGUGAUGCUGGGCUCACUCUGAGAGUAAAGGCCGUGCAGCGGGCUCAGUUGUGAGUGCCCGCCUGGCCACCAUGGCACGGCGGCUCCAAGAUGAGCUGGCUGCCUUCUUCUUUGAGUACGACACCCCCCGAAUGGUGCUUGUACGCAACAAGAAGGUGGGCGUUGUUUUCCGGCUGAUCCAGCUCCUGGUUCUGGUCUACGUCAUUGGGUGGGUGUUUGUCUACGAGAAGGGCUACCAGACCUCGAGUGGCCUCAUCAGCAGUGUUUCCGUCAAACUCAAGGGCCUGGCCGUGACCCAGCUCCCAGACCUCGGCCCCCAGGUGUGGGAUGUAGCUGACUACGUCUUCCCAGCCCAGGGGGACAGCUCCUUCGUGGUCAUGACCAAUAUCAUUGUGACCCCUCAACAGACUCAAGGCUACUGUGCAGAGCACCCAGAAGGGGGUACGUGCAGGGAUGACAGCAGCUGCAUCCCUGGGAAGGCAGAAAGGAAGGCCCAAGGCAUCCGCACAGGCAAGUGCGUGGCUUUCAAUGACACCGUGCAGACAUGCGAGAUCUUUGGCUGGUGCCCCGUGGAGGUGGAUGACAACAUCCCACACCCUGCCCUUCUCCGGGAGGCUGAGAACUUCACUCUCUUCAUCAAGAACAGCAUCAGCUUUCCACGCUUCAAGGUCAACAGGCGCAACCUGGUGGAGGAGGUCAAUGCCACCUACAUGAAGACCUGCCUCUAUCACAAGACCUUGCACCCUCUUUGCCCUGUCUUCAAGCUUGGCUAUGUGGUGCAAGAGUCAGGCCAGAAUUUUAGCACCCUGGCUGAGAAGGGCGGUGCGGUUGGUAUCACCAUCGACUGGAACUGUGACCUGGACUGGCACGUACGACACUGCAAACCCAUCUAUGAGUUCCACGGGCUAUAUGAGGAGAAAAACCUGUCUCCAGGCUUCAACUUCAGGUUUGCCCGGCACUUCGUGGAGAACGGGACCAACCGCCGUCACCUCUUCAAGGUGUUUGGGGUUCGCUUUGAUAUCCUGGUGGAUGGCAAGGCUGGGAAAUUUGACAUCAUCCCCACAAUGACUACCAUUGGCUCUGGGAUUGGCAUCUUUGGGGUGGCCACGGUUCUCUGUGACCUGUUGCUGCUCCACAUCCUGCCCAAGAGGCACUACUACAAGCAGAAGAAGUUCAAGUACGCGGAGGACAUGGGGCCAGGGAAGGGAGAACGUGACCCUGCGGCCACCAGCUCCACCCUGGGCCUGCAGGAGAACAUGAAGACAUCCUGACCUUCAGCCUCUGACCUCUGACUGGAUGCAGCCUGAGGCUUCGGGCUGGACCCUGGUGGGUCCCAGCCAGGGCUGAGGGAAGUCUCCAACCCUCUAAGCCAGGCAUAUACCAGUUUGCUGGCAGCUCAGCGUGGACAUUAGGAGAGACCUGUGCAAUUCUGGGUUCUAAUUCCACAUCCCCUAAGGGAGCCCCACGCCAGUAUCAGCCACUCCUGGUCUGUGGCUGGGCAGGACCCCUUUCACACACCUGUACCCUAGCUUUGUGCUUCUCUCUCUGGGCCCUCAUUAUCCAGCCCACUGCCUCAGUUUCUCUAGAUCUGUGCUUUCCAAUAUGGCAGUCACUAGCCACAGGUCACU